AUGUACUUCCCCUCCUUCGGCGGAUCUUCUGCAGUUCCUUCCGCGGCGCUGCCAAAUGCAAUUCCCAAAAAAGAAGAAGACGGAGAAAGCAUUACAGGCAAAUGCCGUCUGCUGCAGCAGCAGCUGCAGCAGCAGCUGCAGCAGCAGCUGCAGCAGCAGCUGCAGCAGCAGAACUGGUGGGAAGAAGCUUACCAGAAGAAGCUGCAGGACCAGCAGCGGCAAAACGAAGAAUGGCUGCGGCAGCAGCACAAACAGUUUUUGCUGCAGGAGGAGCAGCGAAAGAAGACAGAAGCUGAAAUGCUGGAGAUGCGGCGGCAGCAGCUGCGGGAAGAAAAAGCUCUGGAGGAAAAGUUGCAAAAAGAGAAAAUUCGCGAAGAGGCAAAAGGCCGGAUUUUGCAAGAAAGAGAAAACAUUGAUGUCCACCUCAGAGCCAUGCGGGCCCGCGCUGCUGAAGAGCGGAAAACAAAACUGGAAAGUUUGGAGAAGACUUUCGGCUCUUUGGGAGCUGCCUUUUCCGCCUUGUUGGCGGACAAGGCCAAGUUAACUGCUUUGGUGGGAAGCGUGACGGCCCUCGCCGCGGGCAUUUACGGGGCCAGAGCAGCAGCUUCGAUUGCCGCCCGAUAUGUUGAAAGCAGGAUCGGGAAGCCGCCACUUGUCCGCGAAACCUCCCGCUGGACCUUCUCCCUGACGCUUUCUUGCGGCAGGGGCGAGCAGCAGCAGCAGCAGCAGCAGCAGCAGCAGCAGCGCCUGCUGCUGCAGCAGCAGCAGCAGAUAUGA